AUGGAUGAACAGCGGGCGUCUAGAACUGCCCCCUUCUACGCAGUGCCAUCCCGUCGCCUCGUCAGCGUCGAGCACCCUGCCGUGAUUCGCAAUGUCGAUAGGGCAAUCGAGACCUUACAAGGAGAUGCCGGGAUAAAAGCAAUUCUGAACCCGGAAAAAGACGACACACUAGCUAAUCUAGUGUUCCGGCCCGAAGAUGCCAUGGCUCGAUCAGUUCAGUCGACCAACAUCCAAUCGAACAAUGUUUUGCUUAAAGUUACUGUCCCCAAGCGGACAGGACGGAAGCGCAAGAGAGGCUCGAAUGAGCCUUUCGCAGACGUUCCAGAGUCAGAAGCAUCCGAGGCGCCCCCGCGACGGAUCGCUAAGGAUCUCUUGCGUAGUCUGAGUGACAAUCCCUCCAAAUAUCAGAUCGAGCCCGUCGGGAGGGUUGAACGGACACAUGUGUUCCGAGGAAUCCCUGAUUUCGUAUACUCGACUACGGCGAGUUCCUUUACGAACCGGUUCCGCGAUCAAAUCCUGCCAUUUGACUUCGACAAAAUGAAGCAAUUCGAUAUCGACAUGGCCAAAGGCACCACUGCGAAUGCAGAUCUCAUUCCACCACCGUCAUUCAGUCACGGAGACGUCCCAUUCCACUACAUCUACCGCCAAAACCCAACAGUGAAACAAGCAAUCGGCCAAUCCGGCAAGCUAGAAACCGUGAACACGCAAACCGCCAACAAAAUCUUAACCCAUCUGGUCCCCUACGACAUAGCCGUCGUCCCAUCAGAGCCACGGGCAGGCAUGCUUCCAAUCAGCGCACUGGACCCAGGCAUGCUCCGAACAAUCGCAACACUGAACGCCCUAUACGAAAAACAACCCGCCUGGACCCGUCGCGGACUCCGCAACAACCUCAAAACCGACGAAGACCGCCUGAACCUCCGCCACGCAAUUCCAUACGUAGGCUACAUCUUCCGCUCGGGACCAUGGCGCGACGCAAUCAUCAAACUUGGCGUCGACCCCCGCACCUCACCGGAAUACCGAUACUACCAAACCUUCAUGUUCCGCCUUCUCGCACGCGAAGCCGAACUCGCCCGCGACGGCGGCGGCGGCCGACGCCACAACGUCCCCAGACCUAGCGACAUGCGCGGAAACGACGACGACAACGCCAGCGGGUCAUCAACGGGCCAUAUCUUCACGGGCAAGCAGCCGUUCGCGCAAGACGGACGGAUCUGGAUGGUUGGGGAGAUUGAGGAUCCACAGCUGAAAGCGGCUUUAUUCCCUGCUAAUCCAGAGCCUGGAUUCCUGCGCAGCGAGUGUGAUAUCGUUACCGAUGGAUGGUUUGGGAACGGCACUCUUGCGAAAGCGAAGGCUGUGAUGCGACAUAAGAUCCAGGCGUUGAUGGAAGGACGGGAACCUGUUGAUGAGGAUUAUGUGAAGGUUAUGCAACUUCCCACGCAUGCGCGGUCUGAGGCUGAUUUCCCGUUGUUUACGCUUGAUCCUGAGGUGGCGACGCAGAAGGAGAUCACCCUUGCUACUGAGAUUCGGGCGAUUAUUCGGGGUUCGCCGGUUUGGAGGACUUUGACUGCUAAUGCUGGGUUGAUUAGGAAGGAGGGUGGGGAGGGGAGGGGGAGGGCUAAGGGGAAGCAGGCUUUGAAGGGGAAGAGUGUUGAGACGGAGCCGGAACAGGAGCCUGAGCCCGAGGCCGAAAUUGAGAAGGUUGAGGAGAGUGAAGGUGAAGAGGAAGAGAUUCAGCGGAGGGAGAUGCUGGCUGCUCAGGUUGCGGAUGCUGUUGCGGCGAGGGAUGCUGAUGAAGUUGAUGAAGUUGAUGAGGACGAUGAGGACGACAGUGAUGAUAUGGAUGAAGACGAGGAUGAGUGA